AUGGACUCGGAGGAUUGCCACGGAAGGUAUCAAACCGAAAAAAAAUCCGUAGAAGACUACAACAUCUGGGCACAGGAAUACCUCAAGCGCACAGCCUGGGGAGACUCGUGUCGAAGCUGGUACAAGAAUAACAAGACAUCCGGCCAAGUCAGGGGUGUUUAUCCAGGAACGACGAGCCACUUUAAGAAUGCGUUGGAGAGAAUCGGUGGUGAAGACUUCCACAUCAAGUAUACAUCCGUCAACCGGCUUUGGUGUUUGGGGAAUGGCGAGAUGGAAGAGGAGAAAGAUGGACUUGGGGAUAUGGCGGGCUACUUUAAGGAAGGCGUAUGGGGCUAG